UUAAAGAACACAAACUUCCAGUCAGAAACACUCUCUCUCUCUCUCUCUCUCGCUCUCUCUUUCCCUCUCUCUCUCUCACACACACUACUGAAAUACUAUCUCACUCUCCCUACUUUCUGUCUCUGUGGAACACAUCUGAAGAUCAGGAUGCUAUGCUGUAGAGUGUGUGUCCUGGCUGUGCUGUUAUCUCUUCUCAUCCUCAUCCCCUCCACACAAUCAGCACAUUGCUGUCUGAAGUACACUCGUCGUCCAUUGCAAUGCCGACGGCUGAAAAACUACACCCACCAGCCCAUUACUUCCUCCUGUGACAUCCACGCUGUCAUCUUCCACACUUGGAUGGACAAGUUUGUGUGUGCCGACCCCUCUCAAGACUGGACCAAGAGGGUACAACGCUGCCUGCUCAAGCGUCAGGAGAAUAAAUCUAAACUGAAGAAAACUCUCUGAUCUCAUGACCAGGAGAUGAUGUGGAGAGGGUUUCAUGACCUGGAGAUGAUGUGGAGAGGGUUUGGGUCUGGACAAAUGUACAGCUCUACCUUUCAUUAUAGAACUAUUAUAGUAUAUAUAUGUGUGUGUGUGUGUGUGUGUGUGUGAGUGUGUGUUAUUUACCCUAUUUAUGCUUUACAAACAGCUAAAUAUCUCAAUAUGCAUAGAGUCACUGUUUCAGGAUGGUUCGUUUUAAAACCUGAGAUUUCUGUAUUCAUACAAAUCAUUUAAUACAGUGCCUUGCGAAAGUAUUCGGCCCCCUUGAACUUUGCGACCUUUUGCCACAUUUCAGGCUUCAAACAUAAAGAUAUAAAACUGUAUUUUUUUGUGAAGAAUCAACAACAAGUGGGACACAAUCAUGAAGUGGAACGACAUUUAUUGGAUAUUUCAAACUUUUUUAACAAAUCAAAAACUGAAAAAUUGGGCGUGCAAAAUUAUUCAGCCCCCUUAAGUUAAUACUUUGUAGCGCCACCUUUUGCUGCGAUUACAGCUGUAAGUCGCUUGGGGUAUGUCUCUAUCAGUUUUGCACAUCGAGAGACUGACAUUUUUUCCCAUUCCUCCUUGCAAAACAGCUCGAGCUCAGUGAGGUUGGAUGGAGAGCAUUUGUGAACAGCAGUUUUCAGUUCUUUCCACAGAUUCUCGAUUGGAUUCAGGUCUGGACUUUGACUUGGCCAUUCUAACACCUGGAUAUGUUUAUUUUUGAACCAUUCCAUUGUAGAUUUUGCUUUAUGUUUUGGAUCAUUAUUUUGUUGGAAGACAAAUCUCCGUCCCAGUCUCAGGUCUUUUGCAGACUCCAUCAGGUUUUCUUCCAGAAUGGUCCUGUAUUUGGCUCCAUCCAUCUUCCCAUCAGUUUUAACCAUCUUCCCUGUCCCUGCUGAAGAAAAGCAGGCCCAAACCAUGAUGCUGCCACCACCAUGUUUGACAGUGGGGAUGGUGUGUUCAGGGUGAUGAGCUGUGUUGCUUUUACGCCAAACAUAACGUUUUGCAUUGUUGCAAAAAGUUCCAUUUUGGUUUCAUCUGACCAGAGCACCUUCUUCCACAUGUUUGGUGUGUCUCCCAGGUGGCUUGUGGCAAACUUUAAACAACAUUUUUUAUGGAUAUCUUUAAGAAAUGGCCACUCUUCCAUAAAGGCCAGAUUUGUGCAAUAUACGACUGAUUAUUGUCCUAUGGACAGAGUCUCCCACCUCAGCUGUAGAUCUCUGCAGUUCAUCCAGAGUGAUCAUGGGCCUCUUGGCUGCAUCUCUGAUCAGUCUUCUCCUUGUAUGAGCUGAAAGUUUAGAGGGACGGCCAGGUCUUGGUAGAUUUGCAGUGGUCUGAUACUCCUUCCAUUUCAAUAUUAUCGCUUGCACAGUGCUCCUUGGGAUGUUUAAAGCUUGGGAAAUCUUUUUAUAUCCAAAUCCGGCUUUAAACUUCUUCACAACAGUAUCUCGGACCUGCCUGGUGUGUUCCUUGUUCUUUAUGAUGCUCUCUGCGCUUUUAACGGACCUCUGAGACUAUCACAGUGCAGGUGCAUUUAUACUGAGACUUUAUUACACACACGUGGAUUGUAUUUAUCAUCAUUAGUCAUUUAGGUCAACAUUGGAUCAUUCAGAGAUCCUCACUGAACUUCUGGAGAGAGUUUGCUGCACUGAAAGUAAAGGGGCUGAAUAAUUUUGCACGCCCAAUUUUUCCGUUUUUGAUUUGUUAAAAAAGUUUGAAAUAUCCAAUAAAUGUCGUUCCACUUCAUGAUUGUGUCCCACUUGUUGUUGCUUCUUCACAAAAAAAUACAGUUUUAUAUCUUUAUGUUUGAAGCCUGAAAUGUGGCAAAAGGUCGCAAAGUUCAAGGGGGCCGAAUACUUUCGCAAGGCACUGUAUCUGUGGUUAUUAUUGUUCAUCAUAUCUGUAUUGAUUCUGAAGGUGUUUGAGUUUCAUAUCAGUUUGUGUGUAACUCUAUGUAUCAAUGUUGUUGGUCUGUUUCAUAAACAGCAAGUGCAGUAUUCCUGAUAAACAUGAAAACAUCUGUUUUCACAAAUAUUUUGUGUUGUUUCAUAUCCUCUGUCCAAUUGGAGCCAGAGAAAACCUUUUUAAUUUUGGCUUUUCAAAGUGUCCAAAUGUAUGUAUAAGUUUUACAGAGGUGUAGUGAGUUGAUGUAAGCUAAGAGCUAUGAAAUAGAUAAUAAAAUAUGUACUUGAAAAAACUGUGUGUUCUAUUGUUAUUGUACAGUGCCAGUCAAAAGUUUGGACACACCUCCUCAUUCAAGGUCUAUCGAAUUCACCGCACGAGGAGGCUAAAACAGACUUUCCUCCAUCGCGACGUCCCUCUAAGGCCCUUCUGCUAGCUUGCUAUCCCCGGCCUGCUAGCUGUCUGAAUCGCCGUGUCUCCAGCCAGCCCAACCACUCACUGGACCCCUAUGAUCACUUGGCUAUGCAUGCCUCUCCCUAAUAUCAAUAUGCCUUGUCAAUUACUGUCCUGGUUAGUGAUUAUUAUCUUAUUUCAUUGUAGAGCCUCUAGCCCUGCUCAAUAUGCCUUAACCAACCAUUUAGUUCCACCUCCCACAUAUGCGGUGACAUCACCUGGUUUAAAUGUCUCUAGAGACAAUAUCUCUCUCAUCAUUACUCAAUGCCUAGGUUUACCUCCAAUGUACUCACAUCCUACCACACCUUUGUCUGUACAUUAUGCCUUGAAUACAUUCUAUUGCGCCCAGAAUCCUGCUCCUUUUACUCUCUGUUCCGAACGUACUAGACGACCAGUUCUGUUAGCCUUUAGCCGUACCAUUAUCUUAGUCAUCCUCUGUUCCUCUGGUGAUGUAGAGAUUAAUCCAGGCCCUGCAGUGCCUAGCUCCACUCCUAUUCCCCAGGUGCUCUCAUUUGUUGACUUCUGUAACCGUAAAAGCCUUGGUUUCAUGCAUGUUAACAUUGGAAGCCUCCACCCUAAGUUUGUUUUAUUCACUGCUUAAGCACACUCUGCCAACUCAGAUGUCCUAGCCGUGUCUGAAUCCUGGUUUAGGAAGACCACCAAAAAUCCUGAAAUUUCCAUCCCUAACUAUAACAUUUUCCGACAAGAUAGAACUGCCAAAGGAGGCGGUGUUGCAAUCUACUGCAGAGAUAGCCUGCAGAUUUCUGUCUUACUAUCCAAUUCGAGCUUCUACUUUUAAAAAUCCACCUUUCCAGAAACAAGUCUCUCACCGUUUCCGCUUGCGAUAGACCACCCUCUGCCCCCAGCUGUGCCCUGGACACCAUAUGUGAAUUGAUUGCCCCCCAUCUAUCUUCAGAGCUCGUGCUGCUAGGUGACCUAAACUGGGACAUGCUUAACACCCCAGCCAUCCUACAAUCUAAGCUUGAUGCCCUCAAUCUCACACAAAUUAUCAAUGAACCCAACAGGUACAACCCCAAAUCCGUAAACACGGGCACCCUCAUAGAUAUCAUCCUAACCAACUUGCCCUCCAAAUAAACCUCUGCUGUUUUCAACCAAGAUCUCAGCAAUCACUGCCUCAUUGCCUUCCUCUGUAAUGGGUCUGCGGUCAAACAACCACCCCUCAUCACUGUCAAACGCUCCCUAAAACACUUCAGGGAGCAGGCCUUUCUAAUCGACCUGGCCCGGGUAUCCUGGAAGGAUAUUGACCUCAUCCCGUCAGUAGAGAAUGCCUGGUUAUUCUUUAAAAGUGCCUUCCUCACCAUCUUAAAUGAGUAUGCCCCAUUCAAAAAAAAUUGAACCAGGAACAGAUAUAGCCCUUGGUUCUCUCCAGACCUGACUGCUCUUGACCAGCACAAAAAUAUCCUGUGGCGUUCUGCAUUAGCAUCGAAUAGCCCCCGUGAUAUGCAACCUUUCAGGAAAGUUAGGAACCAAUAUACACCGGCAGUUAGAAAAGCUAAGGCUAGCUUAUGUGUCGGGGGGCUAGGGUCAGUUUGUUAUAUCUGGAGUACUUCUCCUGUCUUAUCCGGUGUCCUGUGUGAAUUUAAGUAUGCUCUCUCUAAUUCUCUCUUUCUCUCUUUCUUUCCCUCUCGCGGAGGACCUGAGCCCUAGGAUCAUGCCUCAGGACUACCUGGCAUGAUGACUCCUUGCUGUUCCCAGUCCACCUGGCCGUGCUGCUGCUCCAGUUUCAACUGUUCUGCCUGCGGCUAUGGAAUCCUGACCUGUUCACCGGACGUGCUACCUGUCCCAGACCUGCUGUUUUCAACUCUCUAGAGACAGCAGGAGUGGUAGAGAUACUCUUAAUGAUCGGCUAUGAAAAGCCAAAAGACAUUUACUCCUGAGGUGCUGACUAGCUGCACCCUCGUUAACUACUGUGAUUAUUAUUAUUUGACCAUGCUGGUCAUUUAUGAACAUUUGAACAUCUUGGCCAUGUUCUGUUAUAAUCUCCACCCGGCACAGCCAGAAGAGGACUGGCCACCCCUCAUAGCCUGGUUCCUCUCUAGGUUUCUUCCUAGGUGUUGGCCUUUCUAGGGAGUUUUUCCUAGCCACUGUGCUUCUACACCUGCAUUGCUUGCUGUUUGGGGUUUUAGGCUGGGUUUCUGUACAGCACUUUGAGAUAUCAGCUGAUGUACGAAUGGCUAUAUAAAUAAAGUUGAUUUGAUUUUUCAAACAGAAAUUUG